UGUCCCAUCAGGACAAGCUGCCGGAAUACUUUGUGAAAGUCCAAGCUUUCAGCACUACAACCAAGUUCUACCUAAUUGGAAUCUAUGACUUCUUAUGCUCUCCCCUUUGGGGAGAAAUACCUAGGAAAGAAAUUCAAAAAGGUUACAAUGACCCUUUUAUUCCUGACCUGUCUUUGGGGUACAGUUUGGACCAGUCUGCCAGUGGUUGCAGAGCAAGCAGAUAUCCGCCUGGUGAAUGGUUCAAGUCGCUGUGUAGGAAGACUGGAAGUACUCCAUAAUGGUUUGUGGGGUACUGUUUGUGAUGAUAGCUGGGGCAUUGAAGAUGCCCGCGUUGUAUGCCGGCAGCUGGGCUGCGCCGGUGCAAUAUCAGCACCAAGGGAAUCACAUUUUGGCAGAGGAGUUGGUCGCAUCUGGAUGGAUGAAGUUCGAUGUGUAGGGACGGAGAGCUCCCUCAAUCAGUGCCCAUCAAGACCUUGGGGAGAAAAUGAUUGCCAUCAUGGAGAAGAUGCUGGCGUUGUGUGCUCAGAGAUGAGACUGGCAGGUGGUUCUACCCCUUGCACUGGCAGGGUCGAGGUGCUGUUUAACCAAAAAUGGGGAACAAUAUGUGAUAAUGGCUGGGACUUAGCUGAUGCCAAUGUGGUGUGCCGAGAAGUGGGCUGUGGCAAUGCAUUAGCAGCAGCAGGUGCAGCUAAAUUUGGACAAGGAACUGGUCCAGUCUGGAUGGAUCAGAUGAAUUGCACAGGGGAAGAAGACAGUCUAAGAAAAUGUCCUCCGAAAAUCUUGACAGAACACAGCUGUAGCCACAGCAAGGACGCUGGGGUGGAGUGCAAAGAACCACCUGAGAUCAGAUUAUCAAACGGUCCCAAUCAUUGCUCUGGGAGAGUUGAGAUCUUGCAUGAUAAACUCUGGGGAACUAUCUGUGAUGACAACUGGGACCUUGAUGAUUCCGAGGUUGUAUGCCAGUAUUUAGGCUGUGGGAGUGCUCUCUCGGCCCCACGAGGUUCUCGUUUUGGACCUGGAGCUGGUCCCAUCUGGCUGGAUGGUGUAAACUGCACAGGGUCAGAGACAGCCAUCACCAAAUGUCCAGCAAAAGCAUGGGGGGAACAUGACUGCACUCAUACAGAAGAUGCUGGUGUGAUAUGUGCAGAACUUCGACUAAUGGAUGGACCCACUCGUUGCUCAGGAAGGAUUGAAGUGUAUCACAACAAGCAAUGGGGGACUGUGUGUGAUGCAGACUGGGAUUUAAAUGAUGCCAACGUGGUAUGCAGGGAACUGGAGUGUGGAACUGCCAUAAAAGCCACUGGAGGAGCACAGUUUGGCCAAGGAUCUGGAACCAUUUGGCUAGACAGAGUGAACUGCACAGGGAAAGAAGCUUUUCUGAAUGAAUGCCCGAAAAGACCUUGGGGAGAGCACAGCUGUGACCACAGCAGGGAUGCGAAUGUGGAAUGCUCAGACCCCAAUGAAGUCAGAUUGGUGAAUGGAACAAGCCGCUGCUCUGGGAGAGUUGAAGUGCUGCACAACCAACAGUGGGGAACAGUCUGUGAUGAUGGCUGGGAUCUCAGCAAUGCCGAAGUUGUAUGCAGAGAACUGGGCUGUGGAGUAGCCCUGGGGGCCCCACGAGGAGCACAUUUUGGAAAAGGAAGUGAUCCCAUUUGGCUGGAUGAUGUCAAAUGUAAAGGAACAGAAGCUGCUCUCCGGGACUGUCGUCUAAAAUCUUGGGGAGAACACAACUGCAACCAUGGAGAAGAUGCUGGUGCCAUAUGCUCAGAACUCCGACUGGUGAAUGGCUCAAGCCGCUGCUCAGGAAGAGUGGAGAUCUUCCAUAACCAGCAGUGGGGGACUGUGUGUGAUGAUCGCUGGGGCCUUAAGCACGCUGAGGUCAUCUGCAGGGAAAUGGGCUGUGGUGUUGCUUUGAGAGCCCAAACAAAAGCAUAUUUUGGACAGGGAACAGGGAGGAUCUGGCUCGAUGAUGUGAACUGCCAAGGAACAGAAAGUGCCCUCAGUGAAUGUACAGCAAGUGCUUGGGGAACAAACAACUGCAACCAUGGAGAAGAUGCUGGGGUGGAGUGUGCAGAUCCAGUGGAACUCAGGGUGGUCAACGGCUCACACCGGUGUACUGGGAGGGUGGAGGUAUUUCAUCUCCAGCAGUAUGGGACCAUUUGUGAUGACAACUGGGACAUGAAUGAAGCUGUUGUUGUGUGCCGAUACCUUGGCUGUGGAUCAGCCAUUUCUGCCCCUCGUUCAGCUCGGUUUGGCCGAGGAACUGAUGCUAUCUGGUUGGACGAUGUUGAAUGCACAGGAGCUGAAACUUCCCUCUCUGCUUGCAAGGCCAAGCCUUGGGGAAGCAAUGACUGUAACCAUGGAGAAGAUGCUGGUGUUGUAUGUUCAGAGAAUCUCAGGCUAGCUAAUGGCACAAAUCGCUGCAGUGGAAGAGUUGAGAUUCGGACAUCAGACAGUGACGAGUGGGGGACAGUCUGUGACCGGACUUGGGACUUAAAAGAGGCAGAAGUUGUAUGUAGGCAACUGGGCUGUGGAAGUCCUGGAUCAGCCCCAGGUGGAGCUCAUUUUGGGCGUGGAUCAGGCCGCAUCUGGAUGGAUGAUGUCAAUUGUGAAGGCACAGAAAAUUCCAUUCAAGAAUGCAGAGCAAAUACCAAGGGGACUAACAACUGUAAUCAUGGACAGGAUGCAAGUGUUAUUUGUUCAGAAACAUCCACCCUCAAUGUGGGCAACAUAAGACUGGAAGAUGGUCCAAACUCCUGCGCAGGGCGGAUUGAAGUCUUUUACCAACAGCAGUGGGGAACUGUGUGUGAUGAUGGAUGGGGCCUUCAAGAUGUAGCUGUUGUGUGUAGGCAGCUAAAGUGUGGCAUUCCUUUGGAAUCCCUGACUGGGGCACACUUUGGAAGAGGUUCUGGCCCUAUUUUCCUGGAUGAUGUGAACUGCACUGGGAGAGAAAGAUCAAUCAAACAGUGCACAGGACGCUCCGUAGGAGAGCAUGACUGUGAUCAUGGAGAAGAUGCUGGUGUGAUUUGCUCAGGUCCCUUGGAUGUACGAUUAGCGAAUGGCCCCAGUGCCUGUGUUGGACGAGUAGAGUUGAACUAUAAUGGCUCCUGGCUCCCUGUCGGGGAUUCUGGUUGGAGUCUUAAGGAAGCCACAGUGAUAUGUCGACAACUGGGCUGUGGUUCAGCAUUGUCUAUCCCAAAGGGCAAUGAAUAUGGCAUGAGUUCUGGCCCAGCAUUUCUGGAUGAUGUGAAAUGCACAGGAACAGAGUCAUUCAUUACUGAGUGCCAAGCCGCAGCAACAGGUUCCAAGAAGUGCAUCUGUGGCUCCUAUGCAGGAGCCUUAUGUGAAGGAUGGUCAGGCUCGACGACAACUGCUGCAGUCCUUUUGAGCUUGCUAUUUAUUGUUUUACUCAUUGGUGGCAUUUUGUUUUACCUGUGGAAAAAGGGAAUGAAAUUAUCUACACUGAAUCCUUUCACUCGGAGACAAGAACCCUUUAUGGAAAACAUCAGUGUUGGGUCAAAUAUGGUCAAUGGCCUUCGAGAGAUGUAUAGCCGGGGAAGAGAACAAAUCACCUCUGAGGGGGACCCUGAAGGUGAUACCAUCUGCCUCAUGAAAGCCCCCUCUGAUCCUUCAACAAGCAGCACUGAUUGACAGACUGGGAAGGGACAACAGCUGAAGUGCUAGAGAUACAGAAGCAUCUGUCAGAAAAUAGGUCAUUCUGUGAUCCAUUCACAGGAGGCCAUAACCAUGUCACCAGUUCUUGUGUUGUUAGCAUGAAAGUUUAGCGACUUGACUUUUUUGUUCUGGCAUCCCUGGGAUCAUACAAUUAUCCCCACUACCCCAGAAAUUGAACUAAUUAGGCAAGGGCUGAAGGCAAUAAAAUGGAAGUACUUAGGGAUAUCCAUAAUGCUAAUGUUUUUACAAGAUGGGGCUCUAGGAAAUUGCUUUCAAACUUCUUGUUUUCCUUGCUGUUCAUUAUAGGUAACAACCCUUAAACUAAUAUCCCUGCUAGAACCAUCACAGAUCAUACUUGCUGCACACUAAAAAGUAAGACCUAGAAAUAAUGCUUCCUUCUGUGGCUCUAAUACAAUAAUAAAAAAAGCCAACAUUCACACAGGAUGGAAGUGUCUCUCAGUGUGAAAAAUAUUAGAAAGUACAGACCUUGUAUAAGGGCUAGACAAGUCCUAUAUCACACACUUGAAUCAACCUUCCUGCAGACCCUGAUCAAAAUAUAAGCAGAGUUGAAUUGACUUAACUUUUAGGUUUGGGCAAUCUAUGAAGCAUAUUAGGAUAAACAGAUCAGUCCGGACUGGGUCCAUCUUGGUGUCAAGGGUGUUCACAAGUUAUUAUAUGUUCCAUCAAAAAUUUAUUUGCAUUUUUUUGAAUGCUGGACAAGGCACAUUUGUUGUUUAUAGCUUUCUCAAAACUCCCUUUUUAAACUAAUAGUUUGGGUAUAUUUUUUCUAAAUUAUAAAUAUCAGCAAAUAUUUUUUAAUAUGCAACUACCCCAAAUACAUCAACUAAGCUAAGUGGCAGAAUCCAGCUAACCUUAGCUAAUCUCAAAAAAAGCUAAGGGUAAGUUUAGCUUACUACCUGGAUGAGAAUCUACCAGGCAAUCUCAAUGAUGUGGGCUAAACUGGGAACAUCCCUGAAGACCAGCAAUAAGAAACCAUUUCAGUAUUACUGUUAAGAAAACCACAUGGACAUAUCCAUGUUGUCAUCGGAAGUCAAGCUCAGCUUCAGGGAGAUUGUAUUUUCCUCCCCUCAAAAUGGGCAUUUUUUAAACAUUAUCUUUUCCAAAUAACCACUUCUCUGGCAUUUUUUUUUUCAGUAAGGAAAGGCAAAUGCAUUCAGGCUGCACCAGAGGCCAUUUUAGCAAAUAGUACCAUUUACGCCCCUUAAAAUCUGUAUGGAAUUUCUUUUCCAUCCCAUGCAUGUCUAUCUGAAAUUUCACUCCCUUUUAUAAGCUUGCCUGUUUUAACCUUUGGUAAAUUGGCCACUGGUCUAAUGGGGAAAAUGGUUUAACUGCUUGUGUUGAUCCAGAUGAAUUGAAUGUUAUAUUUAAAGCUAAACUAUGAAAAUAUUUGUCUUGUAACUUCAUUCUGAGCAUUUCUUCUGGGAGUAAUCUAUAUAACUAAGAUUUCUUGUUAUAUAAGAAUAAUAUACGAUUGGAGGAAACCAAUAAACAUAAAAUCAAAGAAAAAGGGGGAGCUGCCCAUCAAUAAGCUGUCAAUAUCCUAGUUAAGAAGGAAGGUGUGGGAGGGGGAAGAAACUUCACCCAGCAGGACACGCUGACACAGGCUUGAAGGGAAGAUGAUGGGCGUGUUCCUCCCAUUCAUUUGAGGAAUACAAAAGUGAAACUUAGGAAUUUUAAUUUUAAACUCACUGGCUAUCUUGUAAUGAAUGUUUUUUAUAAUAGGAAAGAAGCUGUAAUUAAGAUGUAAUGUAGCUGAGGAAACAUCUUUUAACAAUUCAAAGGUUUAUGUUCUCAGAAAAGCAGUGUACAACCCGGUGGCCCCCAAAAAUUGACUGUAGCCCCUCCAAAAAUUGCUACUGAAUUAUUCUUUUUAAUGCACUAAAAAGUGCUGUUCCAGUUCCUAAAAAGUAACCCCUCCUUCCAGUCAAGCUAGACUUCUGAUUAGUUCUCCAACCUCUACCUUUUUUUCCUAAUUCUCUGCCUCUUCUUCCAUCUAAUUCCUCCUGCUGAAUCUAACCUAUUCUAGCUGCCUUAAAAUGAUUAGAUAUUUGAAUUUUGUUGGUGGAGAGAUGGGCUUUUUUUUCUUUGGGGUCUGAGAAAAUAGCCUUUCAGGAGAUCUGUUGAGGUAUACCCAGCAGACAUGGGUUCAGAGCAAGACAGACAAGAUUUUAGAACAGAAAUCUGAGGUAUCUGUAAUAUAAUACUAUCUACUAACUAUACUAUAGUAUAGCUCUUCCUUGGGUUAGUUAAGAAGGGUGGGGUUGGAGAAAGGAGUGUGCCUUUCUGUUCAGCAGAGGAACUGUCAUUCAGAAUUUUAGCAUAGUUGCUAGCCUAUCUUUACAGCAGCACAGGACGUAGGAAGUGUCCCCAAACACAGGCAAUCUGGCUUUUAGAUGUUGAAAUUCUUCAAACAGUAUUGAUUGACCAUUAAACACUUCCCUUCCAGAGGAGCAUUGGUUACAAAAUAAGGUCUCCAUAAACCCAUUAGAUCCAGAGCACAAAGUCUGGAAGUGCAAGGCUGAUUGUGGUAAACAGGGGCAUCCCCUUUUCCUCUCUCUUACCAUUUCUCUCUCUCCUUCCCUCCCCGCUUUGGCUGCCUUCCUCUCCCAGAGUCCCUUGCUUUCUUUUUCUUCUUGAUUGAGAAGUGCCAGAAAAAAGGGUAGUUUGUUUUGGAUUUUUUGAGAACUGAACUCUUACAAAAGGCUUUCAAAAUUCAUCUAAGCAGGGGCAUUCAUAGCAGAGUCAAAAAGUCAAGAUGGCAGCUUCGACAGCACAAAGCCCCACUCCUUUCUACAUGCGUUGCUGUAGUUGCUAAGUUCAUUUAAGGGAUUGUAUUUAAAACACCACAGAAAUGGAGAUUUCAAAAGUCAAAUGGCUUUAAAACAUUUGGGUUUCAUUUGCUUUGAAAAUACCCAAAAUGGGCAAAAGUGGUGCUGAUUGCUAUGUUCAUUUCAGAGGUGUAUUUCAAAAUACUUAAAAAAAAAUAGGGUUACCAAUAACUUAGGGUCAAUGAAGACAAGUUCAGGGAUAGGGUUUGUGACGGUGACAUCUGCACCAUGUGGGUUAGUUUCCUUUGGUGACCCUGAUCAAAACUACUGAUAAAAACUUCUGUCCUGUUCUGAUGCCAAUUGGCUCUAAAAUGGGUCAGGAAAAUUCCAUCUGGAUUGGGGGGUGUCAGAGGCAGCUUGCCAGGGUUUAGUCAGGACUGCCACUACCAUAGUCACCUGCUGGACAAUUCCUCUGAUGCUCUGCCCUCCCAAUUUUACAUGCCAGGCCUAAAUUAAACCUUCAGUGGGGUUUACAGGUAGUCCUCACUUAACAACCAUUCCUUUAGUGAUGGUUUGGACUUCCAAUGGUGCUGGGAAAACCGACUUAUGACCGGUCCUC